CCGAGGGGCGCGCUGUUGCCACAGGCAGCGCUUGGCGUUGUUGUGCUGCGCGCCUGUAGCUGCUUUUAGCGCUCAGCUCUUCAGUCCAAACACAGCCGUACAGAAAAGCAGGAGCGUCGGGCUUCUAAAACCCUGCAUUGCCAACCGCUUCUUUAGGAGCCAUGCCUCGAAGACGUUUUCUGUUUACAACUACAGCUCGCUGGCGUAAUAAGGUUAACACGUCUGACGAGUUAGCUGCCGUUAGCUAGCGGGAAUGGAAGGAAUUUCUUCGAGAGGUUUGUUCUGCUCCCUGUGCGAGUCCAUCUGUUUCGAGGAUCGACUGAGUGUACAAGAGGAAAGAAACCUUAUGAAGCAGCGGUCUUGGAGUAAAUCACUGUUAUAUUGUUGACUUUUUUGCACUGGGGGUUCACGCAACCCUCUUUUAAUGAAGAGCAAACUCUAUGAAAGACAAAUCCGUUGAGGAACUAGGCCAAGCUGGAUUUGAGUCUCGCACAAACGAUCCGGUUGAAAUAACGGGGCAAAACUAACGCACAGCACACUCUUGAGAGGACAAUCGAUAAAAGUUCUCCUCACACCUGUAGCUAUUUAUCUGAGCUACAAAGAAAGGGCAACACACAUCUACAGUUAUUUAGGACCCACUGAACGUUUCUGGUAGCCAAAACAGUGAAACUGGUUGUAAACACAAUGUCGUGAUCGAGCCUCAGAGGACUUUCUGACAUGUUUGACCAAGAAGAGGACUGCAGCUGUUUCGCCACCGAGGGUCUAUAAUGACGGAGAGAUGUCCUUUAGCCGAGAAGGCGAUGUCAGAGGGCUUUGCUCGGCUCAGGUUCAGAGACACUUCGCUGCUGAUCUGGCAGCAGCAGCAGCUGGAGCUCGAAAAGGCGCCGCCGUCCAACUACCUGAGCCGCAGCCAAAGCACUUGGUACAGCCGCUACGGCAACCAGGCCGUUGUGGUCCGGGACAGAAACACGCUUAGAGACCCCGAAGCUGGCUCCCGAGUUUGCUCUGUUAUGUAACAACAUUACUGAUUAUUUUAUUGCAUUAAUUCCCGUCUAGAUUCUGAUCUGUGCUUAUAGGGUUGCCUCAUAUUUUGUAGAUAGUGAGCAAGCUCGCCUGGCGGAUCCCUUAAAGGUGGAGCGAUACACUUUCAAUGUCGAGACAAUUUUCACUUCUGAGGUCAAUUUUUAAAGUUUUUAAUGUAUAUAUAGUGUGUGUGUGUGGUAAAAAAUGACCUUUUACGUACUGUAUGGAAAUUGUUACAAACUGAGUACCCCAGGUAUUAAAGGGGAAUUCAAUCACGAUGGUACAUUAUAGAGAAACUCAAUGAAUUGCUUUACAAUGGUGAUAGUUAUAAUGUGGUGUAGCUCAUUAGCCAUGUUUGGUGUCCAAAUCUUCCUCUUUUAGUUUUAAGAUGGAGCUAUGAGGCCCACAAAUGCUCAACGUUGCUAACAGAAGUAAAUAGUCCCCCAAAUCUUUUAUGUAAAUACAACCCUGAUGCUCCUGUCCACCUACUCCAACUACCUUCAAGUCUUCAGUAGGGUUGCUCAGAAUUGUCGAUGUGGUUUAGGAGACAGUGUGACUUAGCUACUGUAUAAAAAUGAGCAAAUCUAAAAAUGUCUGUGCCCGCUUUCAGCUACACAGUGAAGGUUUAAGUCACAGUAUGCCGUAAACAACAUCGAGAAAUAUGCGUGGCCUUCACAAAGAGGUUGACGAGCCUUGAGAGAUGUACUGGGGAUGUAUUUACUGAAAAGAUUUGACUUACUGUGAAUUAUAAAUGAACAAACCUUCACCAUGUUCAGUGAACAUAGCAGGGACCCAUAUCGCAGGUCUGCUCAUUUUUCCCACUUCAACAAAGCAGCCAUAAUGAUGACCUGGAUGCUGUUUGAACAAGCUGAGAGAGAUUCUAGGGACAUAUUUACAAAAAGGUUACAGUGACUACCAACUUCUAGUGUUUGUGUGUCAGAGCUGAUGUGUGACAGAAGGAUAGCAGCAAGAGUGAAAGGGAAGGUUUACAAGACAGUAGUGCAUCCUGCUAUGAUGUAUGGUUUGGAGACUGUGGCUCUGUCUAAA